GCUGGAAAAGCACAAUGCAAAGCGCACGUAAGUUCGCUGUCACGAUUGUUUGGUUUGAUUUGAAAUGUAUGAUUUAAACUGGCAAAAUCCACCUGUUUUUAUUAAUUUUGUUUAAACAGGGGAAGCGCUUCUCUGUAAGUUAGUUGAAACAUUCGCUUGUAUUUGCUGGCCAGAUUUUCGAAAUAAAACGACCCCCCCCCCCCCCCCCCCAGGAUUUCAAGUAGGACGAGUCUUGUUCAAUACUGCAAAUGAAGUCAUACAACACUGCCCCCUGUUGACACAAAAGCAAGCGUGACGUCUAGCCCGGCCGUCAAAUGUGCGACCAGCCACUUAAACGGCGAAACACUGCGACCCGUAUACAUUCACUUUAAGGCUAUUGAAUUAUAAGUAGGAAGUUCAGGAUGAAAAAGGAUACAAAAUAAAACAUUUAAAAAAAAAUUGAAUUUCCUACCAACAACUUGUCAAACGACUUGCAUCAGAAGCCUCACGAGCACCCGUCGUCUUUCUUCUUCUUCGCUUUAGGCUCACUAGCGUACCUAGUGGACGGAAGCUGUGUCUAAUGCGCUCGUGUUACACAGUGAAUUUGUGACGUUUUGUGGGUGGAAAAACACACUUUCGAUUCUAUUUAACGAUUUUAAAUUAUUUGAAUGCGGAAUCCAAGUAUAUUUACACCGAUUUUUGGAGCGUUGAUGCUUCACUUACCAUUGGAAAAAAAUGCAUUGUUUCUGGUUAUAAAAAAACAGAUUUCCGAACUAAAGUUAAAACCUUCAUGUUGAAGUCGAUCAUUUUAAUGUGUCACUUUCACGAUGAUGUUCAAGAACUAGGUUCAAGGUACACGUUUUGUAUACAAUACCAGUUGUGUUUUUACACAAGAACGGUCUACCUUUGAGAUCGAUAGCUGGCUUUUGACAUUGGCUAAUUAGAAGCAUCAUGGGUUUUCAUGAAAGUAUUUAUCUCGGUAAAAUUAGUGGGCUCGGGACAAGAUGGAUUCUCGAAUUUUUUGUCAACUCACAAAUACCGCAAGAAUUCAGUAAAGUUAAGCCCUCAGUUAAGUUUCAGUUUCAAAUUGUAGGUUAUUCCAAGUCAAACCAGUAGGGGGCGACAUUCACGAUUUUCCUGACUGGGUGAGGCCAUUCUACAGGGCCAAUCAGAAAAUAGACACGCGGGUUGAUCGCGCCCCCACCCAAUACAUCCGCGAAGAUCGUUGUGCAGAGGUGUAAACAUUUAACAGCUGCUGAUUGGAAUAUCUUGGACAGCAACACAGAGGACAGACAGACACCUCGAGACUUGGGAAGGUGAAGACUUGAGGGAGGCCUGGCUCACAGGUGAGUAUACCUGGUGUGCUGUCGAUGACCAGGUCGUUGUGAUCCAGCGACUUGUGACAAACAGGAAAGUUCCCGAGGCAGCUGGCCAGCAAGGGCCAAGUUUGGCCGGCAAGGGCCAAGUUGGAUCUGUUGAGGCAGUUGCGCAUGGCCCUCAGUUAAGCACUUGCUUGUGCACACGUCACAAGACGGACAGUUAGGACUGACUGGCGAAAGGAUCCGCCGCGCCCCCGACCGGCCCAUCUGCCUGCGCUUGAGGACACAAAGAACUUUGGGUGGCCAAAAUUGCGCUUCCGCAUCCUGGUCACCACCUCUGCAAGGUGGGUGCUCUCGGAGCGAAAGCCAGUCGACACUUCAACAGCUUCUCUCAUUCCUUUGACACCUUUGUUUUGCACACACACGAAAUUAUUUGUAGCUUUGUCACGCUGCGUUCGUUGCACCACUGAGGAUUCAUUGCAUCAUUUACAGUCAGACCUAAAGACAUGAUGACAGAGAGAAUUUGAGAAAUAAACAUGAUUGGGCUCAACAUUGCUACGGCUGCGUAGACAUUAGGACGUAAACGGGAAGUCGUUCACGAGGAUGAAGAUGCGAGGGGACCAGGAGAUGAACACUCUGAUCACCGUGGAAAACAAGUCGGACAUCAGCUACGGGAGCAUCGCCACGAAUGCAGCCGUGCCACCGCCGCGGGACAAGAACACGUUUAGCGAUGGAAGGACUCGCGUGGAUUUUGUUCUGGCCUGGGAGGAGCCUCACGGCGCCAACGUGGAGGACAGCAAGGUCGUCGACUCUGCUCACAGCAAGUGGAGAGAAAGCUUCCUGAAAAAUCUGAGAUUCUCGGGACUCCUGAUGGAGGAGAGGGAUGUGGUCCAGACCAAGUCCAGGAUCCGUUUCGUCCUGCUGAGCGCCCCCUGGAGUGUCCUCUGCUACUACGCCGAGGAAAUCAGUUUGCGCGUCCCCCUGCAGGUGGUCAAUACUUGCUACGUCAACUGGUCGGCUAGCGUGCUUCAGUACCUGGCGCUCCCCAACCCGCUGGCGCAGGACGUCCCCAAUACACCGCCCGAUUUCUAUACCUGCCAGUUCAGGACCAACAAGCUGGAGAGGUUUCUGGGCAGUGAGGACAGAGAAAACUUCUUCAAGACAACUCAAAGACAUCAAGUGCUGUACGAGAUUUUGGCCCGAACUCCUUACGGCUCCGUGUCCAGAAACGAGGUGGGAAUAGACCGUCUGCUGAGCGAGCAGGUCUUCACGUCGGCGUAUCCGCUCCACGAGGGUGGAUUCCAGCUGCCCAAAACCCCGGCGCCUGUCGAGUCUCUGAGGCUCAGGCAAAUCCUCUACGGGUACUGGGCUCAGUGGUCCUGCUGGGCUCGCUACCAACCUCUGGACCACAUCAGGGAGUACUUUGGAGAGAAGAUAGCGCUUUACUUUGCCUGGCUGGGGUUCUACACGGGUUGGUUGGUGCCAGCCUCGCUUGUCGGGACUUUGGUCUUCCUGACGGGUUUUUGGCUGAUGACCACGGAUGUUCCAGCGAAGGAAUUGUGCAACAGCGGCGGCAGUUUCGUGAUGUGUCCCAUCUGUAACAUUUGCUCCUACUGGAACUACUCCAGCAUCUGCGUUACUUUCAAGGCGGGGAUUCUUUUUGACAAUGGAGGAACGGUGUUUCUCAGCAUCUUCAUGUCCUUGUGGGCCGUCACCUUUUUGGAGUACUGGAAGAGAACAUGUUCAUCUCUGUCCCACCGCUGGGACUGCACUGAUUUCCAGGACAUAGAGGAGCGACCGCGGCCCGAGUUCACGGCCAUGGCACCCAUGACGGUGAGGAAUCCUCUGACGGGUGCGGAGGAACCGUACUUCCCCGAGAAGAAGCGUUUCAACCGAGUGCUGACCGGCUGCAUGAUCAUCGUGGUCAUGGUGCUGGUGGUCCUGAUGUUCCUCAUCGCCAUCAUCCUGUAUCGCUCCAUCCUGAGUAUCGUCAUCUCCAAGUCCAAGCUCAGCUUCUUCAUUUUCUCCGCCGCCAGGAUUGCCAGUCUGACGGGAUCCGUGUUGAACCUGCUGGUCAUCCUGAUCUUGUCUCGUGUUUACAUCUCCCUGGCCCACAUCCUCACCAGAUGGGAGAUGCAUCGCACUCAGACCAAAUACGAAGACAUGUUCAUCCUCAAAGUGUUCGUGUUCCAAUUUGUCAACUUCUACUCGUCUCCGGUGUACAUCGCCUUCUUCAAAGGCAGAUUCGUCGGCUACCCGGGAGAGUACAUCACACUGUUUGGAGUGCGCAACGAAGAUUGCGGCGCUGGCGGCUGCCUCAUCGAGUUGGCCCAGGAGCUGCUGGUCAUAAUGGUGGGAAAGCAGCUCAUCAACAACAUCCAGGAGUUUGUCUUCCCGAAGUUGAGGGCGUGGUGGCAGAAGAGGAAGAGAAGCGCCAAGGAGCCCAAAGAGCAGGACGGAGCAGAGCGGGGCCUUUGUCCCUGGGAGGUGGACUACCAGCUCCUGCUCUGCGAGGGGCUCUUUAGCGAAUACCUGGAGAUGGUCAUUCAGUUUGGUUUCAUCACCAUCUUUGUGGCGGCGUGCCCUUUGGCUCCUCUCUUUGCUCUCAUCAACAACUGGGUGGAAAUCCGUCUGGACGCGCAGAAGUUUGUGACAGAAUAUCGCCGACCGGUGGUGGAGCGGGCGCAGGACAUCGGCAUUUGGUUGGACAUCCUGCAGUUCAUCGCGUACACGGCCGUCCUCAGCAACGCCUUCCUGAUCGCGUUCACCUCGUCCUUCCUGCCUCGCCUGUACUACCGCUACACCCGAGAGCCCGACCUCAGCGGCUUCAUCAACUUCACCCUGGCCACGUCGCCGCCGCGUGAGCACACCUUGGCCUGCAGGUAUCGCGGCUUCAGAGAUGAAAACGGCCAAUACCUGCCCGAAUAUUUUCACCUGCUCGCCGUCCGACUCGGCUUCGUCAUCAUCUUUGAGCACGUGGUUUUCCUCAUCGGCCGCCUGAUCGACUUGAUGGUUCCCGACAUCCCUGAGGAGGUGGAGCUCAAGAUGAAGAGGGAGCACUACAUGGCCAAGGAGGCGCUGGCCGAGAACCAGGCUCUGGGGAGGACCAUGAUUCCCGUGCAGAUGAGCGAUGAGUGCGGUGAGCCUCGGCAGCGCAAACUUCGCCCCUCGGCGCCGCCGCCGGACACGGUGAUGAGGACCUCAGACGAAGCGGUCAAGCCGCCGGGGAGCUGCUGCUGAAGACUUUUCCUAGGACAUUUAGGACGUUGUGUAGUCGUUAGAGUAGGCCUCUUUGGCGUGGCGGAGAUGUUGGCCGGGAUACUUUGGCCAUCGCUGUUGCUCCUGCCAGACGAGCGAGAUUGGGCGCCACGAUGGAAAGAGACGUUUGAAACCAUGUCGGUUGUUGACGCGUGUAAUGAUGAUGAUGAUGAUGAUAGCAGCUAUUUUUAGAAGGCUGAAAAUGCAGCAGUGCUUAUCAAUGUGAUUCUUUUGUCGUCUGCUUUUUCCCACUCCAAUGACUGGGGGGGAUCAAAACAUAUUAGGUGAGGGCAACGUUCUAAAAAGAGGAGAUGAAUGCCAGGUAACAAGUGAAAUGUUGCGCUCGCUCGUACUUUAUUUCUUUUAAUAUCUAUUCCCUUCAUUUGCUGAUUUAUUCCUUUUUGUUAGUCACACGAGCCAUUCUUCAACUAUACGCUGAAAUACGUUUCUGCUCAGUCAGGCACGAGGAUAAAAUAGUUCUUUGAAAAUGACAUCACAGUCAUGCAUCAAUGACGUCUCGGCUCAGCUAUUUUGGAGGUGCGGCGAUGUGACGCUUACAAGCUGAGCCCAAGGCACUCUGCUGUCAUUUUCAAGCGACGCAAAAUGGCAACCGCCGACCGAGAUGGGUGGAAAAAGUGCCAGCUAUUAUCAGCCACAAAUGUAAUAUGAAUCCGAUGGCUCUCUAGAGCCUUGUCAACAAAAAACGUGUCUUGACAAGAGGGUACCAUUAGUCGUAUGUUUGAUUUUUUUUCAACCAAACUUUAUUGAAAAGCUAACUUUGACAAGAAAAAAAGCAUUGAAAACGCGACACAAAGAGCAGCCAGAGUGAUUUGAAAUAAAAGAUUGAAAUCAA